AUGCCCAAUGAGAACAUCACCAGCGAAGAACUGCCUGAGUUUAAGAAUAAAGGAAAAGACCCAGAAUUCAUCUCUGAUGACAUAGUCGCCUCCAUCUCCAUCGACGACAUUAUUGAAAACGUCAACAGCGGCGACAAGGAAGCGCAGACCAAAGGAUGUCAAGCCCUGGAGGCUCUAAUCAACCUGCUGCAGGUGAAGGAUGCCAAGGUCAUCCUGGUGAUCCUGGAUGCCAUCAACAACAUGUUCCUGGCGGCAGAGAAGCUGGGCGAGAUCGAAAAACUGAGGCUGCUUGUUGAAAAGCUCGGGGGACUGGAUCGAAUAGAGUUGCUUCAGAACCAUGACAAUGAGCUGGUGUACCAGGCAGCGCUCAACGUCAUUGAGAAAUAUUUCAGUGAUGACAAUGACGACUGUCUCGAGGUUGAAGCGACUAAAGACGCCUUUGUGUUCGGGACUCCUGAGAAUCAAACGUUUCAAUUUUAA